ACAGGAUCGAGGUAGAAGCAAAACCGAGAGGGGACGGAGGUUCUCUGUGGUGUCGGUGGAUGCAUUAUUUGAGAUUCGAGGUUGGAUUUCGCGGGUGCAGAAAACCUCGAAUUUACACAAUUUUGUUUUUAGCUCGUAGACGAUUUAAUCACGUGUUAAGAUGUAAUCGAAAAGAGCCAAAAUUUCGUGAGUGUUUUUCAACACGUACCGGAUGAAGAACAACGAACAAAGAGAUUUAGUAUCAGUGCAUUGAUGUUUUUUAUCGUUUGUUUUUUCAUUGAAAUGCAUUUUUUUUAGUGAAAAAGUUAAGGUUUUGUGUGUACAUAGUGUUAAUAAACUUAUUCAAAUCAAGAAAAAGAAAAACAUCGAGAAUCUCAGAAGACUGAACAAUCAAACUUCAAUCCUUAUGACGAGGUCUUGGACACCGACUGAUCAGAUUUUCAUCCAUUGCUCCGACGAGCGAGAACGACGCGAUAAAAAGGCGUCCCGUCGAGGAAACCCGCCUCGAAGAUUUACCCGGAGAUCCGACGAUCAAACACGACAAUUUAUAGACACCACGAACGGGCGCGGAUCCCAGAGCGAUUAAACUCCGGUGAUUUCGAGCGUGGCUUCGAGGAGGCGACGACCUUCCUCCACGGCUGUUUAAACACCAGUGAAGAAUGCCAUGCCGAAGGCUGACGACAGAAACAAGAGAAUCUCGAGCGCGAAUUUUCGCAUCGAGAUCGACGAGGACGAGGAAGAAGAGAACGACGACGGACCGGUCUCUUCUCGGUCGAUUCGAGGCCCCGAUGAGCCCCCGAACCCCUCGGAAACUCGCGUCCCCCGACACGAAAUCGAUGAACCGAGGCGCGACGAGAGCUCUCACGAUUCGUUGAGCGAGACCGCCUCGCUCGUCGACGAUGCUCACGAGGAGAAUAGUUUUUUGGAAAAGGAUCGAAUUGCCGGAGAAAUAUCCACCCUGAACAGGGACGGAGGAUCCUCGGUGUUCGAGUCCGAGAGCUCGAGCAGCGAAAAGAUCGUUUCUCGCAAAGCGAGCGAGGACACGCUCCUGAUAAAGUUGCCGUGCAUCAGCAUGAAGCAGCGCGGGCUUGGUUCCGCUCCGAAUAAAUCUCACGACGAGUUGACCAUAUCGAGAUUCGUCUUCCCGACGAGCGAUUAUUCCGGCGGGAGAAAGUACCUCGAGAUCCCUAAAAUUCCAGAGGCCCGUUACCGCGUCUCGGACGUGACGGUGCCCCGCGUGCUCCCCGAGGCGGAUGGGCCGUCGAAAAAGGGCAGAAAACCGGUGCUCGAACAAUCGAUUUUCUUCAAAGAAUCGAUCUCGAGUCCGGACUUUUUGAGCUCGAGUGAUUCCCCCCAGGUUUGCUGCGGAGUCGGCGACGCGAACGGCGUGAAAAGGGGCUUCGUGGAGGCGCGGGAAACUCGUACCGCCGCGGCGAGUCCCGCGCUCCUCGUCAACAAGAAUCUCCGAAAAUGCAGCGUCACGAACGCCGCGAUCGGCUCGAGCAUCGCGACCAGCUUGAUCGGCAUUUCGGAUGGCGCCUCCCGGUCGAUUCCCCCCAACGAUUCGGCCGUCGCCAACGACGCGAACGGCCGGAGCGCCACCCCCAGCAGCCUUUCAAUCUGCUCGACGAACCUCAGCGACGACCUCAACGCCGACGACUCCCACGCUCGUCUUCCAAACCUCCGAAGAAAAUCGCGGCUCCCUUUCCUUCGCUUACACUUGCCGCAACCACACUCGUGGUCGAACGUAGCAACCGCCACGGAAAAUUACGACGCCGAUAAAUCCGAGAGACACGACCACCAGAAUCAUCACUCCAAUCAACAAAAUCAUCAUCAUCAUCAUCACUCCUCGCUCGGCGUACAUUUCCCACACAUCCACGUGCCGAGCUUCACCUUCACCGGCGUCGGGACCGAGGGCACGGGUCGAAAAUUCAACUUCGGCAUUAGAAGGCACUCCCAGAUGACUCUCCAUCGGACGGACUCGAUGGUUUCACUCUGCUAUCGACCCCUCGCCAGCUACGUAGCCGACGACAAUCUCGCUGGUUUACAAAACUUCCUUGAAAACAAAAGGAUACAAAUUGACGACAGGGACGAGAAUGGUGGCACCGUGCUCAUACUCGCUGCAUCCAAAGGGAAAAUACACUUCGUCAGAGAACUCAUCAAUCACGGUGCUGACGUCAAUGCCGAAGAUGGAGACAAUUGGAGUGCUCUGCUCUGCGCAGCCAAAGAAGGGCACACGGACGUUUGCGUCGAACUCUUGGAACACGGAGCCCAUUUGGAGCACCGCGACGUGGGCGGUUGGACAGCGCUCAUGUGGGCCACGUACAAAGGUCACACAGCCACGGUGACCACGCUUCUGUCCCGAGGUGCGGAUGUAAAUGCUCAUGGAAAUUAUCACAUAUCGUCCUUGUUGUGGGCUGCUGGCCGUGGACACGCCGAAAUAGUCAAAGCUCUAAUCGCCCACGGUGCCAAAGUCAAUGUUGGUGAUAAGUAUGGCACGACAGCCCUUGUUUGGGCAGCGAGAAAGGGCAACGUCGAAAUCGUCGACGCUCUUCUCAAAGCUGGUGCCAACGUCGACACCGCUGGCAUGUACUCCUGGACUCCACUGAUCGUAGCGACUCUCGGCAACCACGUUGACGUUGUCAUUUUGUUGUUGGAGCACAAACCAAAUGUUAAUGCUCUCGAUAAGGACGGCUGCACAGCUCUGGCGAUAGCUGCUCGCGAAGGUUAUCACGAAAUCACUAAUGCUCUCUUGAACGCCGGCGCUUACAUCAACAUUCAAGAUCGGGCUGGCGAUACGAAUCUUAUUCACGCGGUCAAGGGUGGACACCGUUCCGUUGUCGAGGCGCUUCUCAAAAAAUAUGUCGAUGUCGAUAUCGCUGGAAAGGACAAAAAAACCGCCAUUUACAUUGCCGUUGAAAAAGGAAAUAUCCCGAUACUGAAACUGUUACUGAACGCCAAUCCGGAUCUGGAAAUAGCAACGAAAGACGGUGACACACCCUUGUUGAGGGCAGUGAGAUCGAGGAAUGCAGAAAUUGUACAAUUACUUUUGGACAAAAAAGCCAAAGUCUCGGCCACCGAUAAAAAAGGCGACACCGUAUUGCACGUAGCGAUGAGAGCGAGAUCGAAGGGCAUCGUUGAAAUACUUUUAAGGAACCCGAAAAAUAGUCAAUUGCUUUAUCGCCCCAAUAGACAAGGCGAGACACCCUACAACAUUGAUUUCAAACAUCCCAAAACCAUUUUGGGACAAAUAUUUGGAGCUCGUCGGCUCAACACGAACGAGGACAAUGAGAACAUGUUGGGAUAUGAUUUAUACAGUAGUGCACUAGCAGAUAUUUUGAGCGAACCGUCUUUGUCGACUCCGAUAACCGUUGGACUUUAUGCGAAAUGGGGCUCUGGAAAAUCCUUCCUAUUGAACAAAUUACGAGAGGAAAUGAAAAAUUUUGCUCGGCAAUGGAUGGAUCCAGUGUUCCAAUUUUCGUCUCUGUUGUUCGUCGUAACUGCUCACGUUUCUCUGUUGAUCGGAGUGACGGUAGGACUAGCGCUGCAAUCUUGGAUAAUUGGCGUUGCUUCGGGUGUGGCAAUAAUUAGCAUUGUGUACAUAUUCCUCUUCAUCGUCUGGUACGCAAACAAAAGAUACGAUUGGUACUGGCCGUACAAUUUCACCGUAGCAUUAACGACAAAACUAAAUUCUUUGAAGCUGUUGCUUCAAGUGAUAUUCUGCCACCCGCCAACCGGCGUGGUCAACGACGGUUUAACGAUCCAACCGAUCAAAUUUUAUUUCACCGAUCAAACUCGAGUCGGUACAACUUCGGCGGGUGAAAAUGCCGUGGCACAGAUGGUCGGCUCGCUUUACGAUUCGAUUGAAAAUGAUUUCGGAUCUUUCGCGACGCGUCUCUAUCGGGCUUUCAAACCGAAACCAGUUAAAUCGACGACUUCGUGGACUUGGCGACAAGUUUGUUGCUUGCCGUACAUCGUAAUUUUUGAAUUUUGCUUUUGCAGCUUCCUCGUUGGUGUUUCCGUACUGACGCUUUACCUCACCGAUUUACAAAACCCGAUACUGGAGCCCGUUACUGCACACGUUAUCAUGAUAGCGGUUUUGCUACAGUUGGCAUUCAGCCUCAUAGCAAAUUUGUACACUUGGAGUCGGACUAUUAAAGCAAUUGUUUUCUCGCAGCGUAGACAUCUGCAACGCAGCAUUUCGAAACUUGAGACAGUCAAGAGCGAAGGUUUUAUACAAACGCUGAAGAGCGAAGUCAAUUUAAUGACAGAAAUGGUCAAAUGUCUGGACAGUUUUACCUCGCAACAGAGCAGAUUAGUGGUAAUCGUCGAUGGGCUCGACAGUUGUGAGCAGGACAAAGUGUUACUGGUGCUCGAUGCAAUGCAAGCUCUGUUCAGCGACAACAAUUGUCCAUUCGUCGUAAUUUUGGCGAUAGAUCCGCACAUAAUUUCCAGGGCAGUUGAGGUGAACAGUCGUCGUCUUUUUUCCGAGUCAAACAUCGGUGGCCACGAUUACCUGAGGAAUAUGGUACAUUUGCCAUUUUAUUUGCAAAACAGUGGAUUACGAAAGGUCAAGGUUGCCCAGCAGACUGCUCAACACGGUAAAAAAACGACCUGGAACGAGGCCGAGGAGAGUGUGAAUUAUACGACGUCGAACGCGAUGCAUCACUCGGUGUCGAACAGAAGAUUGAGCACCGAGUCGAGUGUGAUGAAUAGCAAUGAAAAAUUAAAACCGCCGAGUAGAAAAGGCAGCAGGAAAUUGAGACUCAGCGAAUCGAUCGCCAGCAGCAUAGGCAGCAAUUUGAACAGAUUAGGGGGUGCUCAAGAUUUAAACAAAAUGCUCCUCACUGACGAUUAUUUCAGCGACGUCAAUCCACGCAGUAUGAGACGUCUCAUGAACGUCGUUUACGUUACUGGUCGCUUGUUAAAAGCAUUCCAAAUUGAUUUCAACUGGUAUCAUCUCGCCAGUUGGAUCAAUAUUACCGAGCAAUGGCCAUUCAGGACCUCUUGGCUUAUUCUGCAUUACGACAUGUACGAAGAAAGUCUCGACGAUUCUACGUCCCUGAAAAACCUCUACGACAAAGUUCGUCCUAAAAUUCCCGUUCUCAAAGACGUUCAACCGCUCUUAGAAAUGGACAGGGAUGAACGGAAACUCGACGUCUUUCUCACGUUUCAUCGUUCGAGUCUUCUCGUCAGCGAUAUGAAAAUUUUCCUCCCGUUCACCAUCAAUCUCGACCCUUAUAUAAAGAAAAAAAUCAAAGAGGAACAACAGAGUAUGAAGGAGGAUUAUCACUUUUCUACGUACAAAUCAGGACCGUCCUGGCAUCACCAACAACAACAACAACAACAACAACACCAUUACCCUGGUGCCGGUGACCAAAUGAACUACAGACACAAUGGAAAGCCUAAACUUUCGAGAAACCCGAGCUUGCAGAAUCAAAAUAGCCAAGUUGUUACGCCACCGGGAUGGCCUUUUCAAGCCUCGUAUCCGUGGCAACCGCCCAUGUGGAUGCCUCCCCCGGAACCUAUGCCAAAACCUCUUUCAGCAACCACAUCGAUACCGAUGGAAAUUUUGGACACGAGACUGACGAAUCUGAGCGUCAAUGGAGUUUGCGAACUUGUAGAAAAAAUCGAAGAUCUCAACCCCAACAAAAUUGAAGACUACAAAAGUCUCAUUAGAGAAAAUAAUAUUAAUGGAAGAGUUUUGCUUCACUGUACUUUACAAGACUUGAAGGAGGUAUUGAAAAUGGGAUUCGGUGACUGGGAGCUCUUCAGGAUGGUGAUCGUUUCUUUAAGAGAACUAGAAUUGUCGAAUUUCACAAUGAACGAUGAAGGAUCUCGUAGUGUUAGAUUUUCCGUAGGACACGAUCAAAUAGCGCGUAAGGAACACACGACACAGGGUAACGUAUCACGAGUGCCGAGUCACGUCGAGAAAGAGAAAACAACCUCGAGAACCGACGGUCCAGCAAGACGUGAUCAAACAAAGCAAUCUAUUAUGGAAAAACAGUUCCAGGUGACACUGGAGGAACAAAUGAUUUGCGGAGCGUUGCAAACUCUUAACGAAGAAGCUUGUGAGGAUGUUUUGGAUGUGCCAUCGUCAACUGUACCCUCGACGACAGACUCACUGCCAGGCGAACGUUCGAGAUCUCACAGCAGCACAGCCCCGGACACGGACUACGUUUUAUUACAAUCAUCGCCGAUUUAUCAUUGGGUUCCAGUGCAUGACGAGCCGGAAGACUCGGACGACAGUUCGUUGAAUUCGGUGACGGAAUUACGCCGAACGAAUUCGCAGCGAAGUGUGACGUCGCAGCGUAGUACGAGAUCGAAUUAUUCUCACACGGUGCGCUUACCUAAAAAGCGAUUGAACAGCGUUGGCGCAAGACCGACGUCGCUCCUCGUGUCACCACCGCCGUCACCGAGACCAGCGUAUCGUUCAAAAUCAACGGACGAUUAUACCUCAGUUCCGAACAAAGUAAACGCCCCGGAACCUCUGAAUGUUGGGCGUUCGAUUCCGACGUCGAUUGGGGACGAAUUUUCCAGUUCCGUGCCACCUGGAUCAACAAAGAGUAUGGAAAAAUUAGCAAAAUUAAAGGAACGCUUCAACGCGGCGACGAAAAAUUCAACUUCAAAAUGUUGCGAGUUCAGUGACGAAGACGACGAUGAAUCGACUCCUCUCGUUUCCGAAAUUUCAACGCCAUCCCAUUCGCACUCCGAUAGUGUUUUCGCCCACGGUCCAAGUCACGAAGAAACCAGCGAUUUUUCACCCAUUUCUAAUCGAAGUGCUCCACAAGGCGGUGAAAGAUCCAUCCAUUUGGAUUUUUACGAUACAGUUAGCCUCGUCGUACGCGAAGAUCCCAACGAAUGUGCUCUCUCACGACAAAACGCCGAAGACUGGGAAAAUCCAGAAACUCCCGUGUAGAUUUGAAGCAUAUUUUUUCUUUCCCCUUCUCACAAUCACCUCGAACUGAAAGAAAAUCAACGAGAUAAACAUUUCUUUAUUGACGAAUGUAUAAAAGACGCAUUUAACGAGCUGGCUGACAAUGCCAUCGAGAUUAGAUAAGAUAAAACACGACAUUAUAUAUAUACGCAUAUAUUUUUGUGGCUUUAAAAUAUACGUAUUAACACGUACACGUGGCUCUACGAGUUUCUGGAGCCAACGCAAUUCUUUUCGAGUACGUUAUAUCAGGAAAAACACCUGACACCAAUUUUCAGGCCUCUUGGAGUUCUUUCUUCAUUCUUUUCCAAUACAAACUUAUCUAAAAGCGAUAAAAAGAAAGCGAGUGACAGUGAAUUUGAAACGAAGAUCUAUGAAAAUAUUUUUGUCAAAAAUUCGUACGUAUUAAGUGAUUUUAGUCACAAUUUUUUGGUCAUUGUUAUUUUUUUUUCACCAUGGUUUUAGGAAAAUAUGUGUCAGCUUUCAUCAUUUGGAAACUUGUAGAAUGAGAUAAGCAUUGAUAAUGUUUGCUCGUUUCUCUUCUCACUUUGUAUGCUGUUGCUCGACGAAAUUGAAAAGCAAUAAGAAUUGGUGCAAAGUUUUCUGCCUCGAGAAUUGUAUUAUAUAAAUCUGCGUUAACGGCCGUGUAAAUAAUUAUUGUUUCAGGUGCUUUAUGAAUUAAGACGAGACGAAAAAUAAGAACUGAAAAGGAGACAAAUGCACUUUCCAUUUGAUCCUGCGUUGACUCGUCUUAUCGGAGUAUCGCGCAAAAUAACUCAACAUUUUUCAAAUUACAUUUGAAGUAGGCAAAUGUGAACGAAAAAUAAAGAAAGAGUCAAAUCGAGCCAUAUUUUUUUAUCAACUUUCUUUUUUUUUUAUCUUUUUCCAUUAAUAUUCACACAACAGUUCAAGUUUAAACAGUGAAGGAUUGUAUUUUGUCGCAAAUUAGUUAAUAGCAAAUUUUUUCAGUGAUCGUAGAAGUUUAAGCAAUAAAAACACAAUUUAAUUUUGCACGAAUUAUUGUAACUAAGAAGAGCGUGCCUAACUAAGAAUUGCGAAUUUACAAAUUUCUUUGCAUUGUUGUAUACUAUAUAUGUACAUAUUAUAUGUAUAUAUAUUCGUACUAUGUGAAUUUACCUUGUAAGUUCAUUUUGUCAUGAGCAUUGCGUAAGAUGAUGGAAUUUUGUGAUACUAUUGUAUCACAAUAAAAAUUGGCGUGCCUUAAAAUAAAAUAAAAGCCAUCGAUUUCAUCGAA